GCCGCCGUCCGGGGGGGCGUGCGCGGAGGAGGAGGGUCGCUGCCGGGGAAGCCGCGGCUCGCGCCCGCAGCCCGCCCGGUUUUCCGAAAAGUUGCGAGGAGGCGAGGAGGAGGAGAAGCGGAGGGCGCGCGCGCCCCGGUCCGGCCCAGCGGCUGCCUCGUGCGGCUCUCGCUCGCCUCGCGCUCGUUCCUCGCCUCUACUGGCCGCCCCCGCGGCCCCGGACAGCCGCCAAGCUGGAGGACCGGCGGAAGGGAGACCCCAGGAGGAUGGAGGAUGAAGCCGUAUUGGACAGGGGGGCUUCUUUCCUUAAACACGUAUGCGAUGAUGAGGAAGUAGAAGGUCAUCAUACAGUCUACAUUGGGGUUCAUGUUCCUAAGAGUUAUCGGAGAAGAAGGCGCCACAGAAGGAGGCCCAAGGAAAAGAAAGAAAAGGAGAAAAUUUCUGAAUCAGAUGCGGAAAAUACUGAUGAGAUCAGCGGGAGCAUCCUCAAGCCACUGAUCUCCCCCGCCGCUGAGCGCAUCCGUUUCAUCUUGGGUGAAGAUGAUGACAGCCCGGCGCCACCGCAGCUCUUCACAGAGCUGGACGAACUUCUGCCUGCCGAUGGGCAAGAGCUGGAAUGGAAGGAAACAGCCAGGUGGAUAAAAUUUGAAGAGAAAGUGGAACAAGGAGGAGAGAGAUGGAGCAAGCCCCAUGUUGCCACGUUAUCCCUUCACAGUUUGUUUGAACUGAGGACAUGUAUAGAGAAAGGCUCUAUUCUGCUGGAUCUGGAGGCCUCAUCACUCCCUCAAGUUGUAGAGAUGGUUGUUGACAAUCAGAUUGACACUGGACUGCUAAAGCAAGAUAUGAAGGACAAAGUCAUCUACACGCUGCUCAGGAAGCAUCGGCAUCAAACCAAAAAAUCCAACCUGCGUUCGUUGGCCGACAUUGGAAAGACUGUCUCCAGUGCAAGUAGGAUGUUAACCAACCCUGAUAAUGGUAGUCCAGCCUUGACACCCAGAAACCUGACUUCCUCUAGUUUGAAUGACAUCUCUGACAAACCGGACAAGGAGCAGUUGAAGAACAAGUUCAUGAAGAAGUUACCUCGAGAUGCUGAGGCUUCCAACGUGUUGGUUGGAGAAGUAGACUUCUUGGAAGCCCCCUUCAUUGCCUUCGUGCGGUUGCAGCAAGCAGUGAUGCUCGGUGCUCUAACAGAAGUCCCCGUACCUACUCGGUUCCUGUUCAUUUUGCUGGGCCCAAAAGGCAAAGCAAAAUCCUACCAUGAAAUUGGCCGAGCCAUUGCGACUUUGAUGUCGGAUGAGGUAUUUCAUGACAUAGCCUACAAAGCCAAAGACAGGCAGGACCUGGUCGCUGGGAUUGAUGAAUUUCUGGAUGAAGUAAUUGUGCUUCCUCCUGGGGAGUGGGAUCCUGCCAUUAGGAUAGAACCCCCCAAGUCUCUUCCCUCUUCUGACAAAAGGAAAAACUUGUAUGCAGGUGGUGAGAAUGUCCAGAUGAAUGGAGAUACCCCUCAUGAGGGAGGAAAUGGAGGAGGGGGACAUGGGGACUGUGAGGAAUUGCAGCGAACUGGCAAAUUUUUUGGGGGGUUCAUCAAAGACAUCAAGAGGAAAGCCCCUUUCUUUGCCAGUGACUUCUACGAUGCCUUCAACAUCCAAGCUCUGUCUGCUAUUCUCUUCAUUUAUCUGGCAACUGUAACCAAUGCCAUCACUUUUGGAGGUCUGCUGGGAGAUGCAACAGACAACAUGCAGGGCGUGUUGGAAAGCUUUCUGGGCACAGCAGUUUCAGGAGCAAUUUUUUGUUUCUUUGCUGGCCAGCCACUUACUAUUCUGAGCAGCACUGGACCUGUCUUGGUCUUCGAACGACUUUUAUUUAACUUUAGCAGAGACAAUGACUUUGAUUAUCUGGAAUUCCGUCUCUGGAUUGGCUUGUGGUCAGCAUUCCUGUGUCUGGUCUUGGUUGCUACUGAUGCGAGCUUUUUAGUUCAGUACUUCACCCGGUUCACAGAAGAAGGCUUCUCAUCUCUUAUCAGCUUCAUCUUCAUUUAUGAUGCCUUCAAGAAGAUGAUCAAAGUAGCUAAAGAUUACCCCAUUAAUUCCAAUUUUAAAGUGAAUGAUAUUACACUUUAUUCCUGUACCUGCGCACCACCAGAUCCAGUGAAUAGUUCGUUAAUCAAUGAGACCGUCUCAUCAUCAGCUGCUUGGCUUGUAGAAAUGCACAAUGGCACAGUUGAAUGGUCGUCCUUGACCAAGCAGGAAUGCUCGAAAUACGGAGGAAUCCUCAUGGGGAAUAAUUGCAAAUACGUCCCUGACAUCACCCUCAUGUCUUGCAUUCUCUUUUUGGGCACCUACACAUGCUCCAUGGCUUUGAAAAAAUUUAAGACCAGUCGUUAUUUCCCAACCACUGCAAGGAAAUUGAUCAGUGAUUUUGCCAUCAUCCUUUCUAUUCUGAUUUUCUGUGGAAUUGAUGCUCUGAUAGGUGUGGAUACACCGAAACUACUUGUGCCAAGUGAAUUCAAGCCAACAAAUCCAAGUAGAGGGUGGUUUAUCGCACCAUUCGGAGGAAAUCCAUGGUGGGUGUACCUGGCUGCAGCUAUUCCUGCUCUCUUGGUGACCAUCCUCAUCUUCAUGGACCAGCAAAUCACAGCCGUUAUUGUCAACCGUAAAGAGCACAAGCUUAAGAAAGGUGCUGGGUAUCACCUGGACCUUUUCUGGGUGGCCGUGCUAAUGAUCAUCUGUUCCUUCAUGGGUCUGCCCUGGUAUGUUGCUGCUACAGUGAUCUCCAUUGCACACAUCGACAGUUUGAAGAUGGAAACGGAGACCUCGGCACCUGGCGAGCAACCCAAGUUUUUGGGAGUUAGGGAGCAGAGAGUGACUGGGGUCAUCGUAUUCAUUCUAACAGGCAUUUCAGUUUUCAUGGCUCCCAUCUUGAAGUUUAUUCCCAUGCCUGUCCUGUAUGGUGUGUUUCUGUACAUGGGUGUUGCAUCCCUCAAUGGUGUGCAGUUCAUGGAUCGUCUGAAGCUGCUCCUGAUGCCACUCAAGCACCAACCGGACUUUAUCUACCUGCGACAUGUCCCCCUCCGCCGAGUCCAUCUCUUCACUUUCCUUCAAGCAUUGUGCUUGGCUCUCCUUUGGAUCUUGAAGUCUACAGUAGCUGCUAUCAUAUUCCCAGUCAUGAUCCUUGCACUCGUGGCAGUCAGAAAGGGUAUGGAUUACCUCUUCUCCCAACAUGACCUCAGUUUCCUUGAUGACGUCAUUCCAGAAAAAGACAAGAAGAAGAAAGAAGAUGAAAAGAAGAAGAAGAAAAAGAAGGGCAGCCUGGAUAGUGAUAAUGAUGAUUCUGACUGUCCCUUCUCAGAAAAUGUCCCCAGUAUUAAAAUUCCGAUGGACAUCAUGGAACAGGAACCCUUCCUGAGUGAUGGGAAACCUUCUGACAGAGAAAAAUCAACAUUCCUUGAACGCCAUACAUCAUGCUGAUAAAAUUCCUCACCUCCAUUCCUAUAUUAUGCCAAGGCCUCCACAAACUCCAACAGAAGUUGUGCCUCAGAUUAGAACCGAGCUGGAUCCUGAAGACCAUGCCUAUAUUUGGAGUAGCAAGGGAACAGAACCCACUUUGAAACUUGCUUAUUAAUCCUUUGCUGAACUGGCUUUUCCUUUUUUCUUCUUCUCUAGUCAAAUGUUCAGUUGCUGUUUUCCAUCUAGGUAAAAAAUAAGACGUAUCCCUCUUCCUUUAUAUUUUGUUCCAUUUCCUCUCUUCCCUGCUCCAUCCCAUUUGUGUAUUUUUCAGCACAGACCAUUUCCCCCCCCCCCUUCAUUCUGACCAAGAUCCUCUUUUUUGCCUUCUCAAUAUGUGCACCUCCUCUGUUGCUUUUCAGAAGCAGGUGCAAGUAUUAAGGAUAUAUUCUCGCAGCUUGGUGAACUGUCAGCAGAACUGUUAUUUUUUUUAGAUGUGAAUCGGUGU